AUGAAACUAGGCAAACCUCCUCUUAAACCCACUUAGAAAAAGGAGCCUUAAAAACAAGCCUCAAAGCAUCCCAAGAGCAAAACAGCAGCAUUAUUGGGUGCCUCAAAUGAUCUCAGCAACUCGUAGGUCAAUUCGUAGCUCAAGUCCUACUCGAAGUAAAUAUACACAAUGCAAAAGGAUGAUACAAAUAUAUCAGAUGCUGAGGAUGAUGACUUCGUAAGAGGCAGGGUGAAUUCUAUGAGAACUAAUAUCAGAGAUAUGACUGGCAGCAUUCAUGAUCUUAAACUCAGAGAUCUCUCAGUUAUCAACUCAAAAGAUCAAUCUAUCAAAAAUGACAGUUUCUUAAAGAAUUUGAAUAUAUCUUAGAAUCCAAGUUAUAAAGAUGAAUCAGCCUCAUAGACCUCUGACAACUAUUAGGACUCAAGAGCUUCUGAAUUCGUUUAAUCAGGAUUAUUAAUGCCUGUAGGAGGAUCGUAAUCAUAGCAGGACCAAAAUAGUAACUAUCCUCAAGAAGAUGCAAUGAUUGAUAUGGCGGCUCACAUUGAAAGUAAAGGAUCUGAGGACCCUAAGAUCCCAUUUGCUAAAGACGCUAGCUACCAUAUUACGUUUAAUGAUAAUACCUCUCAUUAGCCUGAUUAGUUUGAUAUCUAUAGCAUCAGAUCAAUAAAUAAGAUCGUGUUUAGAAAUAAAAUGAGAGUGUUGACAAUGUGCAAAUAGAGAACGAAGAAUACAAGCAAGCAAGUUGACCCUACUCUAACUCCUUCAAUGGAUUUGGGCUCUCAAAAGUAUCUAGAGUAUAAUUAGAAAUAGGAGGAACAACUAGAUGCUGUAGAUACCAGUGAUCAUGAUAAUUACAACAAUCAAAAAUAUAAGGAGCAAUAUUAGACAGGAUCUACUUAGAUUCAGACGCCUAGCUAGAUUUCUGCAUUGGCACUGUAGCAUAACAGAAAAAAGUCUAUAUUCUCAAAUCUAGGUGUCAUCUAGGAUAGAACAUAGAAUAGGCGGACAUUUACUCAUAAGGAUAGAUCUAGUAUGAAGAGAUUUGAAAGACACUUCUCUCCUGAACCACUAAAUCGAAGUCCAGAUGAGAAUUUUAAGGCAUAUAAUGAUCAAAUAACUUACUCGCAAAAACGUUACGAUGAAUCUGAAGAAGUAGAAGACUAUGAGGAAAAGUAUUAGGAUAGAAAACUGAAACUGAUUUAAAUCUAGGAGAAGAAUCUGAAGCUGAACUAUCUUUUGAUGGCUCUUAAUCGUCAAAAACUAAACCUUAAAUAGAAAAAUGAUAAUCUCCUUCAGAAAAAUAGAUAUGGCAUCGGGAGAACUGAUAACAAUUUCCAAAUUGAAUCUAAAAUUCAGAGUAAACAGGAAGAACAAAAGGUGAAUAACAAUAAGGAACCUGAACCUGAAUCCAUACCUGUUCAUUCAAACAGUUCAACAAGUUUUGUUAGACCGACAACUUAAGAAAACUUCAAUGCAAGAAAUCAGUACUCUGUAAAUAAUGUAAUAUUUGAAGAGAACAGUAUAAUGGGUGCUUCUUAGGCUUUUGAUGAUAAAUAUGGAAAUCAUGAUCCAUUGUAGUAGAACUCCCACUAUUAAAUUAGUUUGCUUGAAAAAGCGAUAAUUGAUAUGGAUGUGACUGAGAUAGUUCAAGACCCUGCCUAGAAAAAAACGCUCUUCAUGAAACCUAAGACAAGAAAUUAGGCUGUAAAAAACUAGUCUAAGUUUAGAAUCAACAGUGCUACAGCAAGAAGAAACUUAAACGCGAUGUCUACAAUCAAUGAUGAGUCAAGAAUGACGAACUUCAUAUAGAAUGAAAAUUAUGAAAUUAAUAGCUAUAGAUCGAAUGAAAAAAAUUCACAUAACCCUCAUUCUCAACAAAAUACUUAAAGCAUUGAAGCUCUUCGAGAAAGUUGGAAUCGUCAGCAAAAGGCAAACAUAAAUAUUAAGAAAGAGUAUUCGAACUAGCCAAAUCACAGCAGCAUUAAUAAAUUAACAAAUAAGGAUAUACUUAGUGCUACGGUUACUGAUAACCUUAACAGCAGUUUCUAAAUAGAAACCCAAUCAAAGAAUCUGCUUUUUAAUAAGUCAAGACAUAACAACUAUCCAGUCAAUUAGACAAACGUCAUAAGUUGCCAAGAACUAAAGGGGAAUCAAACUUAAAAGAACAAGUUAAUUUAGGAUCAUAGUAUGAACAUGAAUAGUACUCUAAUUUCGGCUCAUUCAAGAAGGAGAAAUAAUGAAUUACUAAACCAAUCAAAUUACAAUAGCUCCUACAACCCCCAUUAAUUUUCUAGUAUGAAUCAGAGUAAUAGUCUAAUCAAUGCAGAGAUUAGGAGGAAUCCAACGUUGUAGUCAAACUAAGAUAGUAAAAUAUAUCAAAAUUCAAUCAAAGAUUAUCAGACUAGUCUUACUCAUAAUCAGACGAGUUACCCUAAGUACAAAAAUCUUGACGUAUCUUAUUAAAUGGCGAAACAAGGAGGCCGCAAGAACUUGUCCAAUGACUUGAUGAUCAAUCUUAAUCAACAAAAAUCUCUCUCCAGGAAAAGAACAGCUUUUAGCUCUCAAAAUAAUAGGAAUAAGAAAAAUCAGGAAGUUGUCUCUCGGACAAAAACGAAUCUUGUUCGUAUUAAUGAAGACUUAAUCGAUAAGAAAAAUCUCAAUUAUAGUCAACAAAUCAGUAUGAAUAGUAGAACUAACAUUUAAUCAGUUAUAAAUAGAAACAAAAGAAUAAUUAUAAAUGACAGAAUACAUCAAUGA